AUAAGUAGCUAAUGCCAUUUAAAUAUAUACUAGUAAACAAAAGUCAAUAUAUGCAUUCAACAUAUUUUUUGAGGAAAAGAUUAUUGCUCUCCAUGCAGCAAGUUACAUGUCUAAGGUAUGUUCUUUUAUGCUCUGUGUGUUCUGUUGCUGGAGUUCACUUAAAAAAAAAAAAGAGUAACUGGUGGAGAUAUGAAGGUCAAAUUAACUUGUAAAAGUGUCAGAAUACUAUUCCCUACUAUAGUUUGUAGAGAUAUAACUUAAAAAAAAAUUUUAACUUGAAAUGAAACAAUCUCUUACAUCUCCUUGACGUUUGUUUUUCACCUCUGAUGUCUUCUUCACCCCAAAAUUUCGCAGGUGUAACAUUCUCUACCAACCAGGACAUGGGGCAAAACUCAGGCAGCUUUGCAGACACAGAGGGGAAGCUGGCAUUUCUAGCAUCAGCAUUCUCUGAUGGAAAUGGGAACAUUGAUCCCUAAUGCCACCACAGGCCUCCCACAAUCAAGCAGGAAUAUACAAUGUAUCGGGGAAAAUGUGUGCUGUAGGAGACAUGUACACAUUCACAUUGGAUCUAAGUGCAUUUUCACCAGAGCAAGUGAUAGUUACUUCUUCACAUAAUCUCAUCCACGUUUCUGCUGAGAAGUUGGAAUCAGACGGGACAAUCGUGGACACGUUUUCACACAAAUGCCAGUUUCCAGCAGAUGUAGACCCCAUGUCAGUGACCUCGUCCUUGGGGAGCAGUGGUUCACUGACGGUUAGGGCAUGGAAACAGAAAGCUAAAGUUUAGACAACGAAUAAUUCAAAUACAGUGUACAGUGCAAAGACCACAGUGCAAAGACGUGUACAGACUUGGUCUCUACAAUAUCUGCAGACUUAUAAGUUUCACUCACAUUAUAAAAGUGUUCUUUUAAUUUAAUUCAUUAAUUUUUUUCUUGAAUGUUCUUGCUUGUUGUAAUUUCCCUUUUCUGUGAUGUUCUGAUUUAGAUCUAGGUUAAUAUGGUAAUCUGUAAAAAUCUAGAUAACUAUACAUUAUUAUGUCUUGGUUUGGGCUGUGCUAAUAAAAGGUUUCAUAUUUAAUUCAUGUUUGUUCAUAACAUUUCAUAUUUUUGUGUAAUAUGCAAGCUGUGUGAG